AUGAUGUCUCAAUGGUCUCUCAAACUCCUUGCGGUAUUUUUGAGCCUCAUUGCAAUUAUUGCACCCAUUGCUGAAGGCAAAAGGAUGCCAACAGGAAACAGCCAUAAGGAACCACCAAGACCAAAGAUACCCAAGUGUGGCCCAGCUAUUGCAAAGUGUAAGACAGGAACACCUUCAUGUGUAGGUAAAAGACCAUCGUGUGGCCAGGGGGGCGAAUUUAUUAAGUGUCCGGUUCCACUGACAUGUGCAUAG